AUGGAGAUCCAAUUGGUUGUGCCUGACGUCAUUGCCUGGAAUGCUGCGAUCACAGCCUGCAAGAAAGGCAGCCAAUGGCAGGGAGCUUUGGCGCUUCUUCCCAUUAUGACGACGCGGCAACUGCGGCCGACGCUGGUCACGUUUGCCGCAGCUGUGGAGGCUUGUGGUCACGGUCAGCUUUGGGGCCAAGCGCUGGAGCUCCUGCAGGAGACUUCACGUCACAGCAUGCAGCCAGACCUGGUGCUUCUCAACGCCGUAGCCGCAGCUGUUGCACGAGGCGGUCGAUGGCAGGUCGCGCUGGCGAUCUACAGUGAUACCCAGCGCUACCUGAAGCCGGACAUCAUCAUGGUCAAUACCGUCCUGGCGGCCUUUGCUCAGACUUGGCAGUGGGAAGAGUCCUUAACCAUGCUGUCCAAGUCCAUCAGGCAACCAGAUUCAAUCUCCUACAACACCGUGAUGGAUGCUUGCUUCCGUGCGAGUCACUGGGAGUUCGUCUUGGAGCUGCAACUGCAGAUGAAGCAGAGGAAGUUGCGCAUGCUCGAUGGCACCUUCAACGCGUUGAGCCGGGUCUUCGAGCAAACAUCGUCCUGGCAAAGUUGUCUGCAGUGCCUAGCCGAAGCCUCCCAUGCUGGACUGCAGCUGAGCCAGCUCACCCUCGCGGUAGUGGUGUCAGCAUGCCAGAAGGCAAGCAAAUGGCCCCAGGUGCUCCAGAUGCUUGGAAUGAUGGAGGAUUCUGGAAUGGAGCUGGACGAUGUCUUUCAAGCGGCAGGUAUGACCAGCCAUGUCUUUUGGGGCGACUUGGGAAAAGCACUGGCUUGGUACAGGGAACGCCCGCUUCGUGGAUCCCGGCUUGGCAGUUGCAAUGCAGGGGGCGGAUGGCUGCCGGGCCGCCGCUUCGGGCACCUGGACCUUCACGGCCUCCAGCCUGAAGAGGCCCGCCUGGCAGUUUGCUGCGCCCUCUUGGAUGUCACGAUGCUGAAGCCCGGGAUGCUGCCUUCCUGGGGUCUUGUCAUCGUUACUGGGCGUGGUGCGCAUUCUGAAGGUGGCACCAUAUUGCGGCCAGCUGUUUUACAGCUGCUGCAAGAGCUCGGCUUGGCAGCCAAGCCGGCGGACACCCUCUAUUCGUUUCACAAAGCCAACAUCCACGAGCGCCGCCGUGCAGCUACAUUUGCCCGAUUGUUUCCUUUGCUAUUCUUUCUGUUUGUCACUUUCCUUGCGGCCCUUGGCUUCGUGUUGUCAACGAGACUGCUGCUGACAAUUUGCGCAAUUUUGAAUGCUAGCCUGUGCAUUGGAAUGAGCUGCAGAGGAAUUCUUUGCCUGCUUGGUGUCCGGAAGAUGGCGCUCGAGUUGCAGACGGAGACUGUGGAGCUGCAUGAGGAUGAUGUUCAGCACCUCAUCAUUAUCGCCAACUACAAAGAGGAUGCUUUGGAAACCUACGUAACAUACGCAAAGACGCCCAACAGGCCCAAAGAGAUUUCCCGUAAGUUGCGGCAACUUCGAUGCACAAUGAAGCUCAUCGACGAGCACUCAAACGAGGAACUGCUGGCCGGUUUGCUUGUCGGUGUUUGUUUUUUGAUUUCCCAGUGGACAGCAAUGGACGUCACUGGAGCUGAUCUGCGCGGCUCGAAUGCCCAGCUUUCCAGAACAGCAGAGGCAUCAGAGGAUGCCGUGUCCUCGGCCGGUCCUUUGUUGUCACUCACAGGCUUUCUCGUUAUGCCUUUGGUUUGGUCCGUUCCGGAAGCGCUGGUGACUGCUGAGCUGGCAACCUGUUUUCCGAGCAACGCUGGCUUUGUGGAGUGGGUGACAGCUGCUUUUGGCCCUUUCUGGGGCUUCGUGGAAGGCUUUCUGUCUUGGGUAAGCGCAGUUGCCGACGCCUCGCUGUACCCAGUGCUCUUUCGGGAUUACUUGAUCACAAUCUGGCCUGAGAUUGGAUCAGGUAUAGUGGGCCAUGUCUUCAUCGCCCUGCUUACCGUUGCCAUUACUGCCUUGAACUAUGUUGGAUUGAGUAUCGUCGGCUGGGUGGCAUUUGCUUUGGCAGGAUUCGUUCUCUCCCCCUUCGUCUUCAUGGUGGUGGUCGGCACUCCGCAGGUUGAACCAUCUAAGCUGCUGGUAUGCCCGCCCGCUUCGGAAGUGGACUGGUCAGGCUUUCUGAAUGUCCUUUUCUGGAAUCUCAACUACUGGGAUUCGGCUUCAACGCUUGCCGGCGAAGUGCAGGACGCGGAGCGAACAUACCCAAAAGCCUUGGCCAUGGCUUUGGUUGCUGUGGUGCUGUCGUACCUUCUACCAUUGUUAGUCGGGCUCGGCAUUCCUGGGCCAGCAGCUCAUUGGAAAGACUGGAAAUCAGGUGAACUGGCGCAAGUGGGCGGGCAGCUGGGUGGACCGUUUGUGAAGUCAUGGGUGAUUGCUGGUGCUGCUGUCAGCUGUCUUGCACAGCAAUUAUCCGAAAUGGCCGAAGGAGCUUUUCAGCUUCAAGGUAUGGCAGAAGAUGGAUGGUUGCCAAGCUUCUUCGCACGUCGGUCGCGCUAUGACACGCCUUCGGUUGGCUUGUUCUUGAUUGCCGUCCUGGUAUUGGUGCUCAGCUCCUCAUCAAGCUUCAGCGCCAUCAUCAACGUCUUAAACGCUGUCUACUGCAUUGCCCAGGUUCUGGAGUUCUCGGCAUUUCUGCACCUCAGAAGAAGGCACAAUGACAUGGCACGCCCCUUCCGGGUGCCAUGCUCAUUUAAGGUGUGCUGCCUGAUGCUGGCGCUCCCUAUCGCCUUCUGCUUCGUGCUUUUGACUCUCCCCUUCUUCGCCGGAGACUGGUUGCAGGUUGGCGCCAUUGGCGGUUCUGUAUUGAUGGCUGUCCUUCUUCACCACGGCUUGGAGUUCUGCCGACGAAAUGGCUGGCUGCACUUUCGCAGGCAACCUCCCAGAGGACUUGAAGACAUUCUCGCCGCUCAGACAUCGCAUUUCGCCAGCGCAGCCAGCGAGAGUCCGCAGCACAGCAGUUCUGAGACCUUCCUGGUUCCGGACCUGCAGAUGCUGUCGCAGACUCUAACUUCGUUGGCGCAGGCGCACGGCGCCGACUCCUUUCACGUAGUUCUCGCUAUGGAGGCACGCGAGGGUCCAGCGGCACUGCAAAAGGCCGCCCAGCUGGCCGGCGGCUUUGCGAAGCAUUUUGCCACGUUCCGAAGCACGAGUCAUCCCUCAAAUCUUCGAGAGGAACAUGUCGAUGGUUCAUCGGAUCCAGAAGUUCCCGGCAAGGCUUCGAACGUGAAGUGGGCGGUCCGGGAGGCUCACAGAGAGCUUCUGAAGGAGUCGGUGGAUCCUACUUCGGUGAUUCUCACAGUCGCAGACGCGGACGUCGUCUUCCAUCCACGAUACUUCAGCCGCUUGACCAGGGACUUCGAAGCACUUCGUCAGUACGGAGGUGGGCACGAGUGGACCAUUUGGCAAGCACCGCAGCUGCCAUUCCGGAACUACUAUGCAUCGCCCGCGUGCUCCAGGGUGUGGGCGUAUGUUGCCUCCAUCUGGGAAUGUGGCGGUGUUGCUGGCCUUAGCUUGGGAAGCGAGCAUUUUGCCUUCAGCACGUACUCGCUGCCGCUGCUGCUGGCGGUGGAGGCUGAGGCGCACGAGGGCGAUGUCAUCGCGGAGGAUCACCACUGCUACAUCCGCUGUUUCUUUUACAGCGCUGUGAAGGAAGCUGCGCUCGCUCAAGGAGGUCAGGCGCUUCCAUCCUCAGGCCUGGUCAGAGCCCGCCUCCGGCCAAUCUUCCUGCCCGUCAAGUCCACGUCUGUCGUUUCUGACAAGGGCAUGUGGCAAACGUGGAUUGACAGGUGGUUUCAAGCAAAGCGACAUGCUCAGGGUGUUGCUGAGCUCUCUUUCUUCGCACCUCGCUUGCAAAGCUUGGAUAAUAUUUGUAAUAUGUGUCUAUUUGCUGUAAGUAUUUGUGUGUGUAUAUAUAUGCAAAACCUAUAA